GCCCGCACAAAUUCAAACAUCUCGGCCAUCUUAAACGUAUUGUAUUACACGGUAUCAACAUUAACAAGCCUCAUGUAAGAGGUGUAGUAUUAACGGAAAUGCAAGCGCUGAAGGGCAGUUUGGUGGGAAUAGACCAAAAACGUGCAUUGCUGCUGACCGUGACUGUAGAAGCUGAAAAAAAAGCUACUGAUAAAGGGCUAAUCCUACAGAUUUGCAGGACGCAAAAGCCAUUCACGUAGAAAGUGUGGGUGCUGUGAUGGCGAGACUGAAAGUCUUGCUGCUGUUCAGUCUCAUAAUUACAGUCAACACCCAGCGCUGGCCUGUGAAUGGUGACUGCCAACCUUGUCGAUGCUAUUACAAGGUGACCAGUUUUGGCAGAGUGCGGCAUGUUAACUGCUCACAGCGAGGACUACAGAGUAUACCAGCAGGUCUGCCUGAUGAUCUUAUGACCCUUGACCUUUCCUGGAAUCCCCUCGACCUGGAUAAACUUCGGAAGAACCUUUGUAAUUUCCGAUCUUUGAGCUCACUCUCACUUUCUUUUAGUGAACUAACAGCGCUGUCAAAUAUCUUCCAAGGAUGCACAUCACUGCUGGAAGUCAAUCUAACUGGUAACCGUUUUACUCAGCUAGACAUCAGUACUUUUCAAGGCUUGGAAAACUUGCGCAGAUUGCUGGGCUUAGAAACUAGAUCUGUUCUUGAUAAAGAUGUGUUUCAAGGUCUCACAAACCUAAAAGAUCUUGACCUGAUCUACCAUGGAGAAAGUCUUCCUGAAGGACUUUUUAAUAAUCUGAUGAUUAAAAGCAUAAAUCUUGUGCUAACCAAGGCUGAGGUUCUCCCAGAAGGUCUAUUUGAAUUUGGUAAAAAGUCACUCAACACACUACAGCUGGUUGGAGAAAAAGUGAAGGUGAUCAACCAUGAUCUGUUUGAUGGCCUCAGCGUCCUUAAAAAAUUGUUUCUUGUCAUGCCUCAGCUGCAAACAUUGCCUGAAAAUCUUUUUCUCAUCCAGCUGGCCAAUUUGUCUGUAAGAAGGGUUGCUAAUCUGCAGGAAGUUGAGAUCACUGGCAUCAAGUCCUUUCCAGCAAAUCUCUUUAGACAACUGGAUAAUUUAGAGUCUUUGCAGUUCAAAGACAUUGAAACAUUUCCAAAAGAGACAUUCUUGUCAAAUUUGGUGAACUUAAAAACACUGAUAAUCUCUGGAGGUAAUAUUACUAUGAUUCCAUCAAGCUGGUUUAAGAAUCUCAACAGUUUGAAAACCUUAAAAAUCGCAAAUGCCCAGUUGGAAAAACUGGAAGAUGAUGCUUUUCAAGGUCUCCUCAAUCUAAACUACUUGGAUCUCUCUUUUAACAUUCUAAAACAUGUAUCGCAUAAAAAUCUGAAACCUUUAAAUCGGACUUUAGAAACACUGGUGCUGGCAGGAAACAGGUUAUCUGAGUUUAGCAAGAAAAAUACAGAAAGCAUCACAUUACUAAGGUAUUUAGAUCUCAGUGAAAAUCGCUUAACAACUAUAUAUCCUGAUGCUUUUCAAGGAAUGAGACAGCUGUCUGUGUUGUACUUGUCUUACAACCAGAUCUCAUCUCUACCAAUAAACCUUUUUACUGACCAGUUUCAGCUUGAAUCUCUCUCCCUGACUAAUAACUAUUUAUCAGAAUUUCCUGUAGCUUUGCUUACAUUGAAGAACUCCCUUAUCAAUUUAGACCUUUCUUUCAAUCAAAUUAGGCAGAUUCCUGCAGCUCAGCUUUGUCAGUUUGUAAACCUUGAAAAAAUUAAUGUAAUCGAAAAUCCUCUACAUUGUGAUUGUGACAUCAUGGGUUUCCAGAAAUGUCCAACAAUCUUGCCAGAAGGCAUUUGUCAGACCCCAAAAGAAUUUGCUGGUCAAGAUAUCAAGAAUAUUGAGGUAUCUAAAACUUGCAGUUUUACUUUGGUAGAGUCUGAAGCAUCAGUGAAAGAUCUCAUUUCUAAAGACCAAAAUUUUUCCACACCCAUCAGCAGUUAUCAACCACAAACAAAUACCAGGUUUGUGGUAAAUGAUAUAUUAUUUUCAAAGCAGAAAGAAAAUAUUCAGGAAUUUUCAGCAGAUGUUGAAAAAACUAAUGAACAUAUUUUCAACAAUCCACAAAAUCCACACUUUGUCAGAAAUAUUUCUGGAGAGUUUUCACAACAAACUUUACCAUCAAUCCAUGAAUCGGCACAAAGCAAUGAGGUUAAAAAAGAAAAUCAAGCAGUUUCGUUGGGUAAGAGUUCCAAUGCAGCACAAGAAGACUUCAUAAAUGGAGUGGAAAGCAUAGAUCUAAGUAAUCAAGCUCCUAGGAAUCCUGUAGCCCAGUCUAAUUUGCAAACUGAAUCAGGAAUAGAAAUGAAGAUUCCAGAUGUUCUGGAACCAAAUCCCAGUGACAGCCAGGGCAACAAUCUUGGUUCUGAGGCAAUGUUAUUAACAAAAUCCAAUGACAAAUCCUUGGAAAAAGAUCGAACAAAUCAAACACUGAAUGCAAACACUGAGACAGAAUCCAACAGAAUCUUGUCUUCAGAAGACAAUUCUGAAAUAAAUGUUUCAGGCCACAUCUUGAACAAUAAGCUGAAUGUUACUGCAUCCACUGUGGAAAAAACAACUGGAGCAGCAAUGGCUUCUGACAAACAUUUAACAAAAACUGAAAAUGAAGCCAAACAAAAAAUGAGAAAUGCUACAACAGAAAAUUCUGAACAAGUCCACAGGGAUGGAACAUUUGUUUCAGCACAUGAGAACAACAGCAAGGCAAAGCAAGGAGUAACUGUAGAAAAUGUUGGCAGUAAGAAGCCUGUUACAAAUGAAGUGAUAAAACCUACUGAUUCUGUCAAGUUCAAGAAAAAUGAAACUUCUGAGCAUCUGGCUUCUAUAAAUCCAGAAAUUUACAAUGCAAACACUCCACAACUUUCAGAGGCAAUGAAUAUUCCUUCUACUAUUAAAACAGAUGAUCCUAGUCUGAUAGACCCUGCCCUCUUAAGCAGCAAUUCUACAUUAGAAAUGGAAGAAAGAGCUAAAGGAAAAAAUGAUACACAACCAGGUCAGUUAGACAUAUCUGCUUUUGAAAGUGGUCAAAAUGUAAAAAACGAUAGAAAGCCACUAUUUAACAAAAAUCCAAAUCAAACAUUUGAUAGCACAGACAUAUCCAGCAAAGCAGAACUACAGGAAUCUUUCCAAAGCACAUCAAAAGCACAUCUAAACCCCAUCACUAAUCAGACCAAGCAAUCUGAAGAUCCUGGAUUAGGCACUGUCAAUAUGCAAGGUCAGUUGCAGCACAGUGGUGUCAACCAGAUGACUAAUAAGUUACAGUUUCAGCAAGAAGACGUGGCCAUAAAGAAUUCUUCCUCAAAUGAAGUAGCCUCAGCUGACACAGUUCAGAAGGGAAAAGGUGACAGUAUGCAAACAACUUGGCCAGUGCAAAAUAAUGCAACUGGUUUGGAAAGUGGUCCCAUUGUACCAAGCUAUCCUAAAGGUCUUCCGGAAAAGGUUUUGCCGGUUAAACCUUUGACCAACUCUUCUAUAUCCCAUUCAAAUGCCUCGACCUUGGUAGAUCAACCCAAGAAUAUUAGAGACCGGAACAAGGAACUUAUUCCUAACAAACAGAACAAGUCUGAUCCAAGAUCAACAGUUGAAGAUGGUGCAGCUGAUAAGGAGCCCCGUGCAUCAGUUGAUUCCAUUGGUGAGGUGGGGCAGCCAUUAGGAAGAGAGAUAGUCACUGCAAAUGGACUAGAUGAAAAUGAGAGCAAAAGGUCUGAAUCAAUGGCUUUUAACUUCACAAUUGGGGCUGUUACAGCAAUUCUGGUUUUUAGUACUGCUAUCCUGGCCGUAUAUGGUGUGCGUCGUUAUCAGCAACGUGGAAGUUACACCAUAUCAGAUGAGAGCUUUUCAAAUGAGAACAUAGAAUUGGAAAGGACAAUGUCAUAUCCUCAGCACCACAGAUUAUCUCGUGAUUACUCAUAUGGCAGCCAAAGAUCAUUGUAGAGAAAAACACCUGGACAAAAGAGAUCGGUUAGAGACAUCAAAGUGGAACUUGAAACUGCUGAGCAUGAUGUUAAAAAGGGUUUGCACAUAUUUCCUCCCUUGCAAAAUAGUUGCAUUUCCUCAGACACUUGCGAUGCAUGUGUUUAAGCAUACUUUUUAAACAUUUCACAAAAAAACUUAGGUAGUUUAUGGAAAUUAAAAAAAAAACCCCAAGUAGCUUUCCAUAAAAAUACAGACAGACCAACAUACUGUGAUCACUUCCAGAUUAAAAACAAGUGUUUCCCUAUAGUUGCAUUUAUCUAAUUAUGCUGAAUUGUUUUCUAUUACCUUUAAGUUUUAAAUUGUGAGGUAAAGAAUGCACAUAACCUUGAUUGAGAAUUCACAACAUGUAUCAGUCUGGAACAAGGAAUUAACUAAGUCUUCCUUUUUUGAUGGCUUUCUUUGCUCUUCUGACUGAUGCAACAUUGCAAAGUUAUAGUCUGUCCAACAAAUACAAUUUAAAAGGGGUACAAGGACAAUAUUAGAUGAAAUGAUGCUGAAGAAAAAAUUCUGCUACUGUUCAGAUAAUUCUACAUCUAUUAAAAAGACUCCAGCACAUAUGAAAUAGUGGUGAUACCUUUUAUUAACACCUCAUUUUAACUGUCUUAUUUUUGUUUCACUAUCAAAGACCAGAUAAGUCUUCCCUAUUUACUAUUUACACAAAUAAACUUUGAAUACUGAGCAUAUAAAACCAGUGAGCGAUAAAUUUAACAAAAUCUUGAAAAUUUCAUUAUCACAAAUAGCAAUAUCUGCUUGUCUUCAUACUCACCCAUAAUAAGCAUUUUAACAGUUUUACCCGACUUUCCAUUUUCUCUGUGAUAAGCUUAAUUUCUCUGCAAUAGCUUUCCAUCGGUUUCUUAAAAUUGUAGAAUUUUUAAAUAUUUACCAUGGCAAAUUAUCAGACCACCAGAUUCCCAUUUUUAAGCAUCUUAAAUCUUUUAGCAAUACAUUUAUAAAAGAGCAAAUAAAGUAAUAAAAUGAUCUAAUAUCAAAA